AUAUUAUUAGCUGUGAUGGUUUGCAUUCAAGACGAGCUUGUCAGAAAAUUGUUCCCUCUGCAAAGGGUGCCUCUGGGCCUGCGGCAAGGAAGGGCAGGUAUAAAAGGCAGCCCCAGUCCCUGCUCUCUCAUCCACUUCUCUUGCCUCCUUCUCCUUUGCAACCAGGUGCACCUCCACCCUCGAGACAUGUCCUGCUCCGACCAGUGCCUGCCAUGCCGGCCCUGCGGCCCGACCCCGCUGGCCAACAGCUGCAAUGAGCCCUGUGUCAGGCAGUGCCAGAGCUCCACCGUCGCCAUCCAGCCCUCCCCCGUGGUGGUGACCCUGCCCGGCCCCAUCCUCAGCUCCUUCCCACAGAACACCGUUGUGGGCUCCUCCACCUCCGCCGCCGUUGGCAGCAUCCUCAGCUGUGACGGAGUCCCCAUCAACUCGGGGGGCUUUGACCUCUCCUGCAUCACCAGCCGCUACUGCAGCAGAAGGUGCCCCCCCUGCUAAAGCUGCUGGCAGUGACCCACGGAGACACCUCGUGGAACUGAGAACAUGCUGCUGGGCACAGGAUCACGAAUUUGGAUGUUGUUUUCAGG